AUGGGCAAUAAGCUCGUCGCAGGACACGAACGCAUGUCUCUCGCCAGUCGAGUCGCAAAAUCCAAGCGCCAGUCUCAGUCUCGAGUCAGUGUUCGUCACUUGACGUCACCUAUGUCACCAACAUUGCAACAUGUCCAACAAAAACAUCGAAAACGUCGUUCUCGGUCGCAGAGUGAAGGUGUGACGAGUGAUUGUAGUACGGCGAUAUCCACGAAUGACUCGUUAGUGCCGCGCACGUCAAACGUCAGUGAUAAAGUUCCACGACAUUCAUCACCAUUAGAUCCAACGACAGAAGAAGAGGAACAUGUUGACAGUAUGUCGACAAGUAAUCGAAACGACAGAGAUCAACCAACAACUGAUCAAUUACGACGUAUUCAUGAGGCGGAAAAGAUUUUACUUGAGAUUGCCAAGGAGUAUGCUGCAAAAAGAGCUGCGGGUCUAGUGCCGACCAAACCAGUUCCUGCACGCACAUUAUUAUGGGAAGAAAUGGAGCGACGAGCACAACGUGCACGCGCACGAAUUGGCAAGAGAGGCACAUGUGUUUUUGGUCGAGAUUCUGAGGCAGGAAAUUGUGGAUGUUCACGGUACAAAAAAGCAAAAAUAUUACCAGAUGGACGCGAAGUCUGUGCAUGUUGCCACCAUGGUGCACCAUGGCAUCGACUUGCAGGGGGUACAAUGAGUGGAAAUAGUCGAGGCGACGAGGAAGAAGAAGAAAUUGCAAAGGAAGUGGCGAAACCCUAUCACAUGAUGCAUCCUUCGACUCUGCCUCUCUUGCACACACACUCUCGCAGUGAAGGUGACAACACUCUGGACGUCCUUUCAAAUACCGACAAUUUUGGUCUGCCACCCCGACUGUCAAGUACCAGUAGGCAUCUUGAUAAGUUACUGAGCGCUAUUGCAAAAUAUCGUGCCAUGGGAUUUUCCGAAGACGAAAUUGAACAAAAGAUUCGACAAGAUUUUCCACCAACCGAGCGGCUAUCAAACAAUGGCAAUACUCCGCGACGAUUGCGUGCGAAAAGUCGGUGA